AUGAUAAAGAACCAAAUUUUGCUUUUAUUUGCUUUCUACUUUAGUCUCCUCGGUGAACUAAGUGGCCAAGUUGGUGGCCUUGGACCUGCGGUGGACGGCGAAGAGGUUGGUGUUGGGUUAAUCGUUGAUAUGGGAUCGAGGGAGGGGAAAGUUAUCCAUGGCCGCGUUUCCAUGGCGAUUUCCGAUUUCAAUAGCUUUGGUAGGGACAACCAAAUGAGGAUAGUUCUCCAUACAAGAGACUCCAAAGGGGACCCUUUGCUUGCUUUAUCUUCCGCUUUUAAUCUCGGGGAAAAUAACAAAGUCAAGGUCAUCCUCAGUGCCCAAAAAUCAACAUUGUCUUUGGCUGAAUUUGGGAAUAACACCAAAAUUCCAGUAAUCCCAAUUUCCGCCCCAUACUUGAUUCAAGUUCCACUACAUGACCAUGCCGAAGUGAAAGGAAUUAUUGCUUUCGCAGAAUUACAUAAAUGGGAAAAGGUUAUCCUCAUUUACGAAGAUCAUAAUGACAAUCAUUGGAGUGAUUUCUUUGAAGAGAAAAAGUUUCAGGUUGCAUAUAAAAGCUCAGUGGCUGCUUCAUCGAAAGAUGAACACAUAAUUGAAGAGCUUCAUAGGCUCAAAGCAAUGGAAACUUCGGUAUUCGUUGUGCAUGUUGAACCUGUCUUAGCAUCUCGUAUUUUCGUACACGCGAAAAGGCUAGGAAUGGCUAGCCAAGGGUAUGCAUGGAUCGUUACCUCCAAGUGCAUGAAUCACUUGCAGAAUUUGAAAGAUUAUUCAUCGAUAUACGAAAACAUGCAAGGAUUCAUUGGUUUCAGGUCUUAUAGGAUGAAAGAAUCAAAGGAGUUUGAUAUGCUACGACUGAUGAACUUCAUUACUCAAAUGGUCAAUUUCGAAAUAGUGAAUGUGUUAGGUACUGAAGGGGAAAGAAGAGUUGGAUUUUGGACAGGCAAAUUCACCAACAAAUUAUCACACGGGUUUGCCCAUGGAAGGCAUUUAUUUUCAAGCUCCGGCUUCGAAACAAUAAUCUGGCCUGGUGGGACAUCAACCAUUCCCAAAGGUCGAAGGAUGCAAACGAGCACUAAGACCCUAAGGAUUGCUGUUCCAAAAUCAAACGGUUUCCCUCAAUUGCUGAAAGUGGACAUUGAUCUUCAGGCCAAUAUCAGCUUCUCUGGUUUCUGCAUAGAAGUUUUCAAAGCUGCAAUGGCGGGUUUGGAGCAUAAAGUGCCCUAUGAGUUCGUCCCCUUCGAAUAUAAUAACCCAACCAUAGGUGAGGCUUACAGUGAUCUUGUCUACCAAGUAUAUCUCCAGAAGUACGAUGGUGCUGUUGGGGACAUAACGAUUACAUCAAAUAGAUCAUUGUACGUGGAUUUUACUUUGCCGUUUACGGACAUGGGGAUCGGGAUGGUUUCUCGGCUAACCCCAAAGGAGAACCAAAACUUGUGGAUUUUCUUGAAACCACUCACACCAGGUCUUUGGCUUACAAUUGUGGGGGUUUAUGUCUUAUCAGCUUUAUUUAUUUGGCUGAUUGAACGCCCUGCAUCUGUUGAACGACAAACCCGGCAAUCAAAUGGGGAAAUUGGAAGGAUGUUUGGCUUCUCCUUCUCUAUCUUUGUUUUUGCACAUUGGGAGAAAUUAUCGAGCAACUUGUCGAGAUCAGUGGUUGUUUUGUGGGUGUUUGUGGUGUUUAUAUUGGGCUCGAAUUACACCGCCACUUUGACAUCAAUGAUGACGGUUCAACAGAUUGAGUUCAACUCUGGGAAGAGCAUCAUAGGUGCAACAGGCCCUGUUUCCCAAGAAGCUAUUGGCAAUCUAAAUUUCCCGAAUUUACAGUCAAAAUCUAUCAGGCUUACUUCACUCGAAGAAUACGCGAAGGCUUUAUCUGAAGGAGGUAAAAAUGGUUGA